GUUUCAUCAUCCGGGUCGUUUUUUAAUGUUGUAUAAAUGCUUUAGAUGGUCUUUCCCAGACUUCCUUUACAGUAAGCGGCCAAGUGAAAAAGGCGAGCAUUUAGAAUGCCUCUCUUUAAAGACUUGUUGCAUCCUUCCCUUGAAGAAGAAAGACGAAAACAUAAAUUCAGCAGAUUGGUUCCUUCUCCUAAUUCUUAUUUUAUGGAUGUAAAAUGUCCAGGCUGUUAUAAAAUAACUACAGUAUUCAGUCAUGCUCAAACAGUUGUUUUGUGUACAAGCUGUUCAACUGUUUUAUGUCAACCAACAGGUGGAAAAGCUAGAUUGACAGAAGGUUCCUCCUUUCGAAAGAAGGCUCAAUAAACAAUCGCAUUUAAAGAUUUGCUUUGUGAUCGAGAUUUAAUGUAAAUGAAAAAUUGAUUGUAUAAAGCUUAGUAAUAACAAGGAAGUAUUAAAACAAACUUA